AUGGCUUUUGCUGGGGAAACUUCCGAUAUCUCUACUGCGUACUACGUAGGUCUCGCAGACCCGAAUGGGGUGGAGCUGGCUGGGAUCAACUUAGCUCGGGUCGCACAAGGAUUUUUCUGCAGAUGCACGAAUAUUCCAGUUGAUUUCUUGGCGGCUAAAUGGAGGAAAGUAAAGGAUUUGUUCAGAUACAAUUUGGACGACGCCGGUCAAGGAUGCCAGCGCAUUACCAAUUUCACCAGUACCCGUAAGAGCGUUUCCCUUGGAGAGAGUCCUUUCCUUCCACGAAGCUUUUCAGGACGAGACCCGGCUGGGCGGGGUUUGAGGAAACACCUUCAUAAAGGCUCUCUAAUGUGGGACAGCCUCUUGCCAGCUGGAUUUCGAGGUGGCAAAAAGUCGAACAAACCCACCGCUCCUUAUGCCCUGCGGAGGCUAGAUUCGUCAUUCCAAUUUAACGCGGAAUUUCAUUUGCCUCGGCCAAAAUCACUGCAGAAGUCGCUGGAGAAGGUGCUUCAACACAAACGCACUUUGACAGCUGUUUGUGCCCGUGUCGAAGCGUCAUUGUGCUCCUCAUCCAUAUCAUCAGCCACAGGAGGCGUUAGUGCGGACAACUUAUUCCUGUAUUGUCUUGGUGCAAGAUUCGUACCUCCAGUGGAAGUUGCCGAAGGAAGAAAUUUGCGUCGAAUCCUGGGCCCCUCCUUUCGAACCUGA